AGCGGUCCCUUCCAACCCCUACAAUUCUACAAUUCCCCCAAAUGAUUAGAAGCACAGCUACAAGGAAACUGCCUAGCUGCACUCACUUGGUUCCUGCAUCAACUGUGCACAAAAGGAUAGACAUAAAAUUGGCCUUGAGAGAGAGCAGAAAGGACAGAUAUGCCUAGGCCAUACAAUUGCCAGUGAAAAGGAGGCUGAGAAAUUGCUCUCCAUCUCUCUGGCAUUCAAGGGAUAGAUAUUUUGGUGAUUUUUGUGACUAAGAAAUGAACUCAGGAAUGGUAAUGAUCUCCCAGAGAAAAGCCUGGAAGUCCCCAAAAACUGGCUAUGGGGUCAGGCACUGAUGAAGAGAUGUUAUGGUUUCCCACCAAUUAAACCACAAUUUAGUAUUUUGGAUUUGAAUCAUGAUUGCUUUGUUGCUUUCAGAAUGACACUGAAAACUUGCCUGGUAGAAAAUGCAGAUUCACAGCUGCUGCUGAUUGUCGUAACUCCUUUGAUGUCAGCAGUUGGAAGGAAGAUGAACAGCAGCUGAGGGGCUGUUUAACUCCUUUACACGAAAAAGUCACUGCCACGCACCAGUAUUUCCCAGGGAAGCCCUGUGAUUGUUCUAGAGAUCAGUACUUUAAAAAAAGAUGGAGUUGACUGACUGUCAGUCCUUGCAGUGCACUGGUCUCAUUCCAGGAGCUAUACACCUGAAUGUUCUUGGGAAGAUGAGAUGUACUGAUCCUGCAUUGCCUCCGCAUCCCACUCUGGUAAUUGCUCAUUAUUUAGCAGAAGGCUUACGUUUUCCACACCUCCAUCAACUGAAUGGGAAUGAGAGGGUAUCUUUUUUAUUUCAAGCAGCUUCAAAUGCCAUGUUCUGAAUUUCCAUUAGCGGGUGGUAUGCCACCAUCUCACACUUACUUCUAAUGUGUAGAAUAUUCACCAGUUGAAAUGAGAAUGGAUUUGUUUCCCAGCUCUGAUUAGCAAUCUUUCCAACUAAACUUUAAAUUUGGAAGAGUUGUCUAAGUUCUUGUUCCUUUAACUCAAAACUGCAUUGGGCUCUGCUCUGCUACCAGACUGCUGCAGCAACAGGAAGCCCUGGUAUUCAAGGGACUCUGAGGCAAGGUUUGCUGGCAGAAGUAACAGCCUUGAUUUCAACAAUUCAGCAUGAGCUAAAUGGAAACACACACAGCAAGGCUUCUUGCUAAGAUCAACGAAGCCUCGCUAUCUUGCUAUCUGAUAAGCAUCCAGCCUCUUGUGCAAUGCUUGGGUUUGUUGGUUUUUUUUCACUCCUGUGCGGUCCAGCAGACUGGCUAAUAAUUUUGCAAGCAACUCACAGAAAGAACUGAACAGGCAUGCAAAACGUCAUUUUAAAAUGUGAGUAAAGAGAUGGGGGUUGUUCUGAUUUCAUCCCCUUUAGAAGGAAGUCAUCAGCUGGAAACAGUCUCGUACAGCUCUGGCAGGAAGGGGCUCAGGACUGGCCCUUGCAUUUCAGACACCAGUUUCAUGACUCAGAUAUCCCCUGCUAUGAAAGGGCGGCCAGGAAUGCCCCAUUGGUACGUCAGAUGAAGUGCAGCAAGUCUAACAGAACAGAUUCUUGGAUUAAUCUGUUUUUAAAAGGGAAGUGCAAAUCUGACCACAUAGUUUUCCUGAAGCUUGGCUAGGGUUUCCCUGCUAGGACUCGGGGGAGAUGCUCUCAGGGGAUCCAGCCAAUGGAAUCCAGCCCACCUCGGGCACGUCGAGGGCAGCGGGCAGGAAUGACGGCUGGCAUUUCGGGCAUGGCCCCGCUCUGCCGGACCCACCGCCUCCACACCGCACCCGGACGGCUCACCCGCGCCGCCCGCCGGGCAGGUGCGAGGUCCGGCAGGCUGAGCUCUCCCCGGGGAGCCCCGCAGGCCGUGCCGCUCCGGCACCGCCGGGCGCGGACAGGGCGGGGAGAAACCCGACCUCGCGCCUGAGACGGCAAUGGGGUUCUUGCGGCGCAGCAAGAGGCGGCGCGGCGGAGCCGUCACCUCCCGAAGGCGCCCAGCACCGAGCGCACCGCAGCUCCCCACUCGUCCUGCCGACAGUGGUCGCUGUGAGCGGCGCGGGUCGCCCCGUCCCGGGGCAGGGCACGGGGCAAAGCAGGGCGGGGCUGCCUCUCUCCGGGAGCGGAGCGGGAAGGCGGUCGCCCGUCUGCCUGGUGCCGGCCGGAGCCAUGCGGAGCUGCGGGCGGAUUGCGCGCUGGGCCGCCCCGUUGCUGCUGCUAUGGCAGUGUCUGCCGACGGCGCGGACCUACAACGUGGACACCCGGCACCCGCUGCUCUUCCGCGGGGACAACGGCACGUUCUUCGGCUACUCGGUUCUCCUGAUGGGCCACGGCGAGGAGCGCUGGCUCGUGGUGGGCGCCCCGCAGGCCAGCUGGGCCGCCAACAGCUCUGUGCUCAGCCCUGGGGCCAUCUUCCGCUGCCGGAUCGGGAGCAAUCCCCGCGGGAGGUGCGAGCAGCUCCAGCUCGGCAAUCCAAGUGGGGAGCGCUGUGGGAAGACUUGUAUAGAAGAACGAGAUCAUCAGUGGCUGGGCGUCAGCUUAUCAAGGCAGCCCAGAGAAAACGGAUCUUUUGUCGCUUGUGGACACAGGUGGAAAAAUAUCUUUUACAUAAAAAAUGAACACAAACUCCCAUAUGGUAUUUGUUUUGCUGUCUCUUCUGAUUUUCGAACUGAGCUGAGCAGAAGAAUAUGCCCAUGUUAUAUAGACCAUGUGCGAAAGUUUGGAGAAAAUCAUGGGUCAUGCCAGGCUGGAAUGUCCAGCUUUUACAUGGGGGACCUAAUUAUAAUGGGAGCUCCUGGAUCAUUUUAUUGGACCGGUUCCGUUUUUGUAUACAAUACAACUGCAAAUACAAUCCAUACUUACACAGAUUCAAAUAACCAAGUGAAAUUUGGCAGCUAUUUAGGGUACUCAGUUGGAGCUGGACAUUUUCUGGCAUCUUCUAGCACAGAAGUAAUUGGAGGGGCUCCCCAGCAGGAGCAGACUGGUAAAGCAUACAUCUUUAGCAUUGACAAGCAACUGAAUAUUCUGUUUGAACUAAGAGGUAAAAAGCUUGGUUCUUACUUUGGGGCUGCAGUUUGUGCAGUGGACCUGAAUUCAGAUGGCCUCUCAGACUUGUUAGUUGGUGCUCCCAUGGAAAGUACCAUCAGAGAAGAAGGAAGAGUUUAUGUCUAUAUCAAUUCAGGUUCCGAAGCAAAGAUGGUAGAACUGGACAUAAAGCUCAGUGGGAGUGACUCAUAUGCAGCCAGAUUUGGGGAGACCAUAGCCAAUCUAGGAGACAUUGACAAUGAUGGUUUUGAAGAUGUAGCAAUUGGGGCUCCACAAGAAGAUGAUCUAAAAGGAGCUAUUUAUAUAUACAAUGGCAGGGAAGAUGGAAUAACUCCAUCAUUUUCACAGAGAAUACAAGGACAGAAAGUCAGUGCUUCUUUAAGCAUGUUUGGACAGUCCAUAGCAAGUGGUAUUGAUGCAGAUAACAAUGGUUAUCAAGAUAUAGCAGUUGGUGCAUUUCUAUCUGAUUCUGCUGUGGUGUUGAGAACAAAACCGGUGAUAAUCGUUGAAGCUUCCUUAAAACACUUGAAGUCAAUAAAUCGAACUAACUUGAACUGCAUUGAAAAUGAUCAGCCUGCCAUCUGUAUGAAUUUGGAGGUAUGCUUCACCUAUACAGGACGAGAAGUACCUGGUAAUAUUGAAAUGUUUUAUAAUCUGAGUGUUGAUGUGAAGAGAAAAGUGGAUACACAAGCAAGAUUUUAUUUUUCUGCCAAUGGAACAUCUGACACAACCUCUGGAAGUAUAAAGAUCUACAGAAAAAAUAUUGCCUGCAAAGGUCAUCCAGCAUUUAUGAGGAAAGAUGUAAGGGAUAUCUUGACUCCUGUACACGUUGAAGCAAGUUAUCAUCUUGGGCAGCAUAUUCUACAGAAAAGAGAUACUCAAGAAUUUACUCCACUCCAACCUGUUCUUCAAAGGAAGAAAAAAAAAGAUAUUAUAAAAAGCAAGUUUGUUUUUGCAAGAAUUUGUUCCCAAGAAAACUGCUCUGCUGACUUGAGAGUUUCUGGAAAAGUUGCUUUUCCAAAGCCUCAUGAUAAGAAAAUGUACCUUGUUGUUGGAAGUACGAAGACUGUGUUGUUGAACAUUUCUCUGCACAAUGCUGGAGAUGAUGCAUAUGAAACUGUCCUCCACAUUCAGUUCCCUAAAGGCCUUUAUUUCAUCCGAGUUCCGGACCUGGAAGAAAAACAGAUACACUGUGAAGUAUUAGACAAAGAUAUUCAUGCAGUGAAACUUGAGUGCAGUGUUGGUUAUUUGUAUGUAGAUCAAAAAUCAAAGCUGGAUUUCAGUUUCCCUUUGGAUGCAAGCUCUUUCACCAGAGCAGACGACGACCUCAACAUCAUCAUUAAUGUUAGCUGCAAAAAUGAAGAUGAGCACUUGUUACUGGAUAACAUGGUAACCGUAGCUGUACCUCUGAAGUAUGAGAUUGAGUUAAAUGCUCACGGGUUUGUAACACCAGCUUCAUUUGUUUAUGGAACAAAUGACAAUGAAGCAUCAGUUACAUGUAUGGAGGAGAAUAUCAACUUCACUUUCCAUGUUAUCAAUGCAGGACCAAGCAUGGCUCCAAAUAUAAACUUAGAGUUAAUGAUACCUAAUGCUUUUCCACCCCAUGACUUCAAAUUAUUCAAUGUCAUGGAUAUCAAGACAACAGUUGGAGAGUGCUCCUACAAUGAAUAUCCCAGAAAUUGUAAUGCAGCAGAAAAAUCUGAAAACAUAUUAAAGGAUGUUGUCACUUUCUUUUCAAAGCCUGCUAAAAGACAAAUGUACUGUAUGAAAAAUGACAGCCUUUGCUUACAAAUACACUGCAAGCUUGGAAACAUGGAAAAUGGAAAAGAAGCAACCAUUCAGUUGCAACUGGAAGCUACUCCUUCACUUUUAGAAAUGGACGAUGCAUCUACAUUGAAGUUUGAAGUAAGAGCAACAGCCUCACCAGAAAAGAACGCGAAAGUUAUUGAACUACAGAAGGACAAGCAAGUUGCAUAUGUCUAUUUGGAAGGAGUGCACCACCAAAAGCCAAAAUACCAUGUCACUGUAUCAAUUAUUGGAAUAGGCUUAAUAGCUGGAAUUACCUUGUUUUUGCUUCUUUCACUUCUAUUAUGGAAGAUUGGCUUCUUCAAAAGGCAAUACAAACCAGUCCCUCAGGACAUGAAUAGAAGAGACAGCUGGAGUUUUACAAGUGGGAACAAAGAUGACUAGGAGGACAAAUAAACCAUGUUUUGAAAUGGAGAAUUUAAGGUUCAGGUUAAUUCUCAGGAGAAACACCAGUGAAACAAAAAGUGGUCAUGAGCUCACUUGCCCUUACAAAACAACCCUGUGUUUCCUAGAUCCGUACUGAUGACUACAUCUUAAUAACGUUCAGUUAUUUUUCUAAUGUGAAAAUGGUAAAACAGUUUCUGUUUUUAAGCCUUACAGUGAUAUCUGAAAUACCAUCUCUGGUUUCAAACCGACAGCAAAACACUAAAAAUAAAGAGAAGAAUAAUUACUUACUGGAAUGAAGAUGUCUGAGAAUGUAAAGUGUGAGCAAUCCUGGAAAACAAGAUCUCAAACAUUAGCAUGAGUUAAUUUUAUGCAUUUUCAAGUUUCAGUAAUCUUUUGAUUAGACAUUCAAGAAGAAAUACUCCCUCAGCCUAGUUUGGCAGUUUUACAAGAGUACAUUAGCUUAAACCAACAGAAGGACCAUAACUAGAGUGCACAGAUGUAGAAAACGACUAUCAGAAGUUCUCUCAGGCUUCCAAGUUAACCUCAAAAAGCUUUGGUUUCACAGGCACAGCUCUACAGUAUUGGAGAUACUUAGUCAGGCAAGCCAGAGCCAGGAAAGAUAAAGGUAAAUUUACAACAGGGAAUUCUGUGUGGUAGCCUGGACAUGCAGCACAGAAUCCUCUGUCAGCUGUAGAAAGAACAAUGUAUAGGAGAUCAUAAGUUGUAGCCAUCUGUAACAUGGUAUUUGCAAAAAUGACAGAAUUGUUUUGUCCUUUCCUCAAAUACCAGCGCCAUGAUGUUUUGGACUUCUGCAGUGAAAUAUUUCUAUGUGAGGUUUUUUUAAAGCAAAUAUUUAUUUUUAUUUAUUUGAAGAUUAUUUUUUUUAAUAAUACUUAGUCUUUUGUACUAUUAUUCUUCCAGUAUCUGAAAACAGCAGACUUCACACGAUGAGAAAACAAACAAAUGCACCCCACCACGCCAAAAGCCAUCUGUACUGUGCCAAAUUUUAUCUUUAGAUUGUCCACCUGAAUGUAUGUAAGAUGACUUUUGGAGGGCUAGUGUGGGUUCUUGUGAAGUUGUUAGUUAAUAAUCAUCUAAAUUGGCAUCUACAGAACCAACCAGGUAGAAAGGCAAAUGACUGAAUAGAAAUAUGGUUUAAACCACUGAUCUGCUACUACAGGAAGUUUCUUCAGCUAGAUAAGUUUGCACUGCCACCUAGCUUUGGUGAAAUAAAUAGUACAGUCCACGAGAAAAAAGAAAACAACAAACCAUGACUGCUCCCCAGUACAAAUGCAGAAUCUACAGUAUCAUCAGUAACUAAAUUGAUUCUAACAGCAGUACGUCAUAAGGCCAUUCUUGCCCUGACUUAACGUCUUUCUGAACUGUAAGGAGAAACAAGUUUAACACAUACAUACACUUUGAAGCUGUACCGUCAUAUGAGAUUUAGUUCAAAAGCAAAGCAUAGUGCCUUCAACAAACACUCUUGCAAAUGGUUUGUAUUUGGUGCCAGAGAAUCUAUAUUGUCCACAUAUUAUAAAGGCAUUGGGGACCAUUUUUAUAAUUUCCAUUUGUUUAAUUUGAUGCCAAAGUUGUGGAUCCCUCUAAAGUAAAUUCUAUCUCAAAAAUCUUAGGCAGUGUAAGGACAAAUGAAUGUGUAUGUAUUUUAAUAUAAAUAUAUGUAUAUCAAAAAGCGUGUGAAGAAUGUGAAGAAUGAAAGUAAUUCUUGUAAGUCUAUGAAAUAUACAAAAUGUUCAUCUUCCAAAUGGCUUUAGUGAUUUUUUGCACUUUAACCAAAAUGGCUUUGAACAUAAAUUUGUUUGAUAUUACAGCAUAUAAAUAUACCUCAAAUGCUGGGAAAAGCAUUAAAAUUCUUUUUAGUACAAACAAUGCAAAGAAAUGAAACUAAAGCAUUUUAUUUAUCUGUGAAUUAGUUUACAUAAGUCAGUAAAUGUGAUAAUGUUGCCUUGGAAUGCUUUCUAUUUAGAUUUUGUUAACAUGUAAAUAUUGGUUGCCUGUUCUUAAGAUAUGAAGCAAAAGUCAAUUUGCUGUUAGAAACAAGGUUGACAAAAACAGAUGUACACUGUCUUAAUGGUGGCAAAAUUAUAAAGCAUAACUUGAUUUUACUUUACUAAAGAGAACUCCAACAAGUUGAGCACAAAUGCUGUUUCUUUUCUAAGUUCUUCUGUUAAUGUUCAGUUAUGUAAUAAAAGCAGUUAAAUCUA